AUGGCGGAGUUGAAUCAGGUUAGAGCGACACUUCUGAAGGUUGCUGACCAAAUAUCGGCCUUAGGGAGCAACAAAUCUUCAUCAGGUAAAGUACUAAAGUAAUUAAACUUUUUAUAUAUUGAGUGUUUUAUUUUCCUUAUCCAUUUUGUACAGGCUGGCCCGCUUUAAUAUGUAAAUUCAAGAACAUGAAUUAUUCAUAUACUGUACAAUGUACAUGAUAUGUAUUAUAUAAAUAGUUAAUUAUGAUUUUAAUAUGAUAUGGUGUUGGCGGCUCGUAUUUGACUUUUGAUCAGGUUAGAUUGCAGAAUACCCCUCCAUUUUCUACAUUACACAGUAUUAAAGUUGUUGUAUUGUUGGCACUUGUUGCAAUUUUAGUUGCGAUUUUUUCCUGCACUAUACUGUAGGAAGCAAUUUUGUAUUGGGAGGACUGAUAUAUAUUUAAUAGUCAGGAGCGAUUAUUUAAAUUAGGUCAUUAUUUUUCUCUCAAACUUUACAGUUUAUUGCUAGUUUACAAAUUAUCAUGCAACCCUAAUAAAAAAGUAGCAUUAUAAUGGUCAAUUUAUGAUAAAUUCUUGAUGUAUUCACUUAAAAAUAGAGACAACAAGUAGCAGACCACCUGAGAGUGAAGCAACAACAAGCAGUUCUUCCAGUACUGCCUCCAAUGCUGCAAGUGAGCACAGGCGACUUUUCAACUUUGGGAAAACUCGUCAUUUAGUUACCAAAAGCAAAGGCAAACAAAGUACGAAGGGCAAGGGAAAGCAACCUGCAACAAAGUUUAAAUUUGUUUGUCUUGCGGAUAGCACAACCAACUGCCCUCCUUUAUCUGUGAAAGAAAAAACUGAUCUUUGUAAUGCAGGACUUGGUGAUACUACAAUACUCUUGGAGCUGAAUGAUAGCAGUGUAUAUCUUCAUGAAGAAGUUCUGAAAACCUUUCCCAAACUCAGUGAUACAGGCGGUUAUGAACUGUUAUUGCACCAGAGAGGAGGCGGGGAGAAUGGAGGAUUUCAUACAAUCAAGCCCCCGCUCUGCAGUUUGCGACUGAAGGAUGUCUGUGGCAAAGCAAAAAUAUAUGUAAGGCCUUUGCAAAGAAAUAUCCCUCUUGAUUCCUUUGAUGAUGAAAUUCCAGAAGAGGAAAAUGAG